AUGUUCAAAUUUCAACUAUUGAUGGGUAUUUUCUGCUUGAAAGGAUUGUACGGUGCGCAAACGAUUAACUUAACUGAACUCGAUUCGACAUGGGUUGUGAGUGGAUAUCAGACGAAAUUGCUUUCGCCAAUCACCAUACUCAGUGGUGCAUACUACUCUGUUCAAUUCAUGAGCUCUGGUAAUUAUGGUGCAUUUGCGAUCUUCACGGCAAUGCCAUCACUUUAUGCUUCGCCGACAAUUUCCCUUAGGCCAACAAAUCAGGUGAAGGCCGGCUGUGAGCAUUUAGUGUAUCAAGGUGGUUAUCCUGCAGCAGCUGGUGCAAAUCGCUAUCUCAUUCACACUUUCAACUCAGCGAACACUGGCCCCGCUUCCUCUUUGUCGUUCAUUCCAUCAUAUUCAGCUACCAUUUCUGUUCCUCCAAAUUGUCCAAUUUCAAUAGAUGCAGCCGAUUACAGUAAAGAUUAUUCUGUUUUUGCUAAUCAAAGUGUUUACUUCAACAUUUUGGUUGAUCAAUUUUUUGAUGGCCAAGCUGGGACGCCACAAUUAAAGCUUUCAUUUGAUAAUCAAGUCGGAUAUAUAUUAAACAAAACGACCACUGGAUUCUCUCAGAAUCGAAAUGCUUCCUCAUUUCGGGUAAAU